GAACCCUAGCCGCCACCGAUUCCUCUCCUCUGCUCUCUUCGUCGAUCCGCCCGUGAUUCCGGCCGAGCGGGUGGCCGAUGAGCCGUCGCCGCCCCCGGUGCACCGGCUGGACGCCGCGUCGGCAGCCCGCCGACUCACCACCCCCUACCCCGCUCCUCUCCUCUCGCUCACUCCAUUGAUCCACCGGCGGUUCCAGCCGAGUGGGUGGCCGAUGCGCCGGCUGCUGCGUCGGCUGCCCCCGCUGUGCCGGCCACCCGGCGCGAACCGCUCGAUAGCUGCCUCCGAAUCGCCACCCCCUACUCUGCUCCUCUCCUCUCGCUUGCUCCGUCAAUCCAACAACGAUUCCAGCCGAGCAGGUGGCCGAUGCGCCGUCCCCGCCUCCGGCACGCCGGCCGGCUGUCGCGUCGGCCGCCCGACGGCUGCCCCCCACCGCGCUGGCCACCCGCCGUGACGGCUGCGCCUCGCCAGACAGCGCCCCCUCCCCUCCGCACAACGCACAGCCUUUUGUAGUUCAUCAAAUUCUCUACAUUGUCAUGAUAUUAUCUGCAACCAUUAAGAUUUUUAUUUACGAUGGCCUUACUCAAUAAGCCUUGAACUCAAACUCAAUCCUCUGUGAUCAUACAAAGAUUCGCUUAUGGAUUUAGGCUUUCAUGUCCGUGCUUCAAAUACUCAAUUUGUUGGUGAUGACAAUCGAACUGCUGCUCAGAUUCUAUGGGAAACAAUACUGGGUUUUGCUGAUGUUGAUUCUUCUGAAGAGGCAGUUGUUACCUUCGAAAGAAUUUCUAUUCUUACACCAAGAGGACGUUAUAGUGUUGACCUUCAUCUGUCAUUUUUGCGUCUCCAAGGACAAGCUAAUGAUUUUAAAAUCCAAUAUGGCAGCAUUGUUCGCCUCUUUCUUUUGCCAAAGGUCAUUUUCUUUCUUCUGCUUUUCAAUGUGUGCUGCUCUGAUGCUUUAUAUACUGUUCAGACCGGAUGUUAUACUAACUGUAUCUGACAAUGUGCCCUCUCUCCCGGUAAGCUCCGACGGCUAUGAAGCAAGGUUUUGGAUCACUAGGUCUUGUGACAUCAGUUCUGGUGUGUAUGCUCACUGCUGAAUUCUUAUGUGUUUAGUUGAUUGUUCAAACAUAGACAUUUUAUCCCCUUUGUGGAAUGAUGUUUCUCUAUUGAGUACAUUGUAGAUUACAAUCUGCUGAUGGUUUAGCUUGUAUUAACAAAUAAUAUUCUGAUAAGAUUAUCUUCCGAA